AUGGCCGCCAAGAAGGAUCUCCUGCUGCUCUUCGAUCAUCCCACGGAGCCCGUGUUCAUGGACAAAGGAGGCGAUGGCACCGUAUUUCAAGUUCCCGACUCCUAUGUGACCCAUAGGUACCGAAAUAUCUGCAAGGAGGUUCAGGGACGCGUCUCCGGUGGCGUCGACAAGUGUGUUCCGGUGAAGGAGAUCUCCGUGCCCGAUCUGAGUUACCCCAUGUCCUUGGGCCGAACCGAACAGUUCUCGCUGUUCCUGGAAUCCCACCGCCAGAAGGCCUGUCAUUUGAUCGACAUCUUCAUGAAAAUGCCCACCGUGGAUGACCUGCUGAGCGUGGGUGUUUAUGCCAGGGAUCGGGUUAAUCCGCUGAUGUUUAACUAUGCCCUUUCGGUGGCCCUGCUCCAUCGUCCGGAUACCAGGGACUUGCAUCUGCCCUCCAUUUCGGAAUGUUUCCCGGACCGCUUCAUCGACUCGCGGACGUUUAGGAAUAUGCGCGAGGAGUGCUAUGUGGUUCAGGAAUCCGAUGCUCGUAAACCCAGCCGCCUGCCCGUUUUGUAUACCGCCUCCGAUCUCGAUGUGGAGCACCGUCUGUGGUACUUUCGCGAGGAUUUGGGGGUAAAUCUUCACCACUGGCACUGGCAUCUGGUCUAUCCAUUCGAGGGCGAUCGCAGUAUCGUGGAUAAGGAUCGACGGGGCGAGCUGUUCUACUAUAUGCACCAGCAGAUUAUCGCCCGCUACAACGCCGAGCGGAUGAGUAACUACAUGGCCCGCGUCCAGCCGUUCAACAACCUGGACGAGCCCAUUGCCGAGGGCUACUUCCCCAAGAUGCACUCCUCGGCCUCUGGUCGGCCCUAUCCGCCGCGCUCCGAUGGCACCCGACUGCGGGAUGUGGACCGACCUGACCAGGCGAGAGUCGGAAUCGACGAUAUGAAGCGGUGGCGCGAGCGCAUCUACGAGGCCAUCCACCAGGGCUACGUUGUGACUGAGGAUAACGAAAAGAUAGACCUGGAUGAGGUCAAGGGCAUCGACAUCCUGGGCAACAUGAUUGAGGCCUCUGAUCUUACGGUCAACAAAACGCUGUAUGGUAGCAUUCACAACAAGGGGCACGUUUUGAUCGCCUACUCCCACGAUCCCCUGAAGAAGCACCUGGAGGACGGGGGUCUGAUGAACCAACCGGAAACCGCCAUGCGCGAUCCAAUCUUCUACAGGUGGCACGCCUUCAUCGACAACUUGUUCCAGGAGCACAAGCGACUCCUGCCCGCCUACAGCGAGGAGGAGCUGAGCUUCCCGGAUAUCCAGGUGCACAGUGUCUGUGUGAAGAGUGAGGGAAGUCAGACCAACGAGUUGACCACCUUCUGGCAGAAGUCCGAUGUGGAUAUGUCCCGGGGUCUAGACUUUUUGCCCCGCGGCAGAGUCAGUGGACGAUUCACCCACUUGCAACACCACCCAUUCACCUACAACAUCAAUGUGGAGAAUUCCAGCAAGACCACGCUACGUGGAUUCGUUCGCAUCUUCCUGGCGCCCAAGUUCGAUGAUCGCAAUGAUGCCAUGGUGCUGGAGGAUCAGCGCCUAAUGAUGGUGGAGAUGGAUAAGUUUGAGACUAAGAUACCUCCUGGAUGCACUACGAUUUCUUGGAGCUCCACGAAAUCGAGUGUUACCAUUCCGUUUGAGCGCACUUUCCGCAAACUUGAUGGCGGUGAAAAUCAGGAUGAAAGUUCUAAGGAAAGAAACGACUUUUGCGGAUGUGGGUGGCCCCAUCACAUGCUGGUGCCCAAAGGUCGUCCGGAGGGUCUCGCCUUCAAGCUGUUUGUCAUGGUUUCCAACUAUGACGAGGAUAGGGUGGAAGAAAACCAAGAAUCUAAAUGUUCCUGCAAGAAUGCCGCCUCAUAUUGCGGACUCCGCGAUAAACUCUAUCCGGAUCGCAGGUCCAUGGGCUACCCCUUCGAUCGCAGGCCACGGAAGGGUGCCCAGUUCCUGGAUGACUUCCUUACGCCCAACAUGAGCACCGCGGAGGUUACCAUAACCCAUGUGAAGAAAGUGGAAAAUCCGGAAAAGACUAAUGGUUUUUAG